GUGCAUUCCUGGUUCCCUACCUGCUGAUGCUGCUGGUGAUGGGAAUUCCUCUGCUCUACAUGGAGCUGAUUCUGGGACAGUACAUGAGAAGAGGGCCUGUUCAUGCCCUGGCUAAAGCCUGCCCGCUGCUCAAAGGAGUGGGCCUGGCGACUGUGGCCAUCUCCUUCAUCAUGUGUACUUACUACAACAUCAUCAUCACAUGGGGUCUGUACUACCUGUUCAGCUCCUUCCAGAGUCCGCUGCCCUGGCAAAGCUGCAACAACACAUGGAACACCCCCAACUGCACCGAUCACAUAAACCCGAACACCAGCUCACACUCCUCCACCGCCAGCCAGCAGUUCUUCAAGUAGGUCUUACUCUCAAUGUGGGCUAGCCCAGAGCCAUACUCCUCUAUGUACACUCCCCUAUGUACUGUAUUUAUUUUGACAGUGAAGUUAAAACUGUUAAUUUGGCUCUAUACUCUAGAUCAAAUGUUAUAUACUGAAUGAUGCGACAGUACAGAAUGUCACCUUUUAUUUGAAGAGAUGUUCAUACAUGUGUUUAACGAUUUAGAAGUGAAUCCACUUUUUUUUUACCUACCUGAUUUAACUAGGCAAGUCAGUUAAGAACACAUUCUUAUUUUCAAUGACAGCCUAGGAACAUUGGGUUAACUACCUUGUUCAGAGGCAGAAAAACAGAGUUUUACAUUGUCAUCUCGGGGAUUCGAUCUUGCAACCUUUUGGUUACUAGUCCAACGCUCUAACCACUAGGCUACCUGCCGCCCCGCUUGAUGUAUCUAGUCCCCCAUUUGAAGUAUUUGGACAAAUUCAUUUAUAGCGUAUAAAAGUUUAGUCAAAAGUUUAGCAUUUGUUCCCAUAUUCCUAUAAUGCAAUGACUACAUCAAACUUGUGACUACAAACUUGUUGGAUGCAUUUGCAGUUUGUUUUGGUUGUGUUUCGGAAUUAUGUUGUGCCCGAUAGAAAUUAAUGGUAAAUAAUGUAUUGUCAUUUUGGAGUCACUUUUAUUGUAAAUAAGAAUAUGUUGUUGAACACUUCUACAUUAAUGUGGAUGCUACCAUGACUACAGAUAAUCAUGAAUGAAUCGUAAAUAAUGUUGAGUGGGAAAGAUGCACGAGGCGCAUGCGCUUACCAAUAGGAUGCAUGGGUAGUGAGUAGCUCCAUUAUGUAUCAACAAAACUGUGGUUAUAUACAGUACAUUCGGAAAUUAUUCAGACCCUUUGACUUUUUCCACAUUUUGUUACGUUACAGCCUAAUUCUAAAAUGUAUUAAAUAACAAAUGUUCCUUGUCAAUCUACACACAUUACCCCAGACUUUCAGCAUGUAUGGCGGCAGAGAAGUCAGACGCAGGAGAGAAAUAACUGAGCAGUUUAGUAACAAAAACCCACCGGAAAACAGAAUA